AAGAGGUUUAGGACCAACUUUUACGCUUUCCUUUCUUUAUCGUAAACACAUUACAAUGGCAGCCGAACGACAACGUCAAAAACAGGAACAACAGCAGCAACAGGCACAGACAGACUCUCAGCAACCACCACAAGACGACGCCUCUUUUGCCCAUAUGCAAUCUUAUCAACAGCAACAACAACAAGAGCCUCUACAAAACGAUAGUCAUUCCGUCAUUUUAGUUACUGCUGGCUAUGAUAAUACCAUUCGUUUUUGGGAAGCUCUCAGUGGUAUCUGUUCGAGGACUAUAAAACAUCCAGAUUCACAAGUAAAUCGUCUUUGUAUUUCACCUGACAAAACACUCCUUGCUGCUGCAGGCAAUCAUUCUGUACGAUUAUACGACAUUGGAAGCAAUAAUGAUAGUCCUUUUGUUGUUUUUGGUGAGCAUACAGGCAAUAUUAUUGCCCUUGGAUUUCAUGGAGAAGGACGUUGGAUGUUUACAGCAAGUGAUGACGGCCAUUUAAAAAUCUGGGACACACGCUCAGGUCGUAAUCCAGUUUUAACCAGAAAUUUUGAUAAUGGAGCACCGAUUACUGAUGCAGUGAUGCAUGCCAAUCAGGGCGAGUUGAUUACAUGCGAUCAAAAUGGGGCAGUAAAAAUUUGGGAUUUGACAGCGCAUGCUUGUACACACGAGUUGGUUCCUGAAGAAGAUGUGCCUAUGCGAUCAGUAACCGUUGCUUCGGAUGGUUCCAUGUUGGUAGCUGUCAAUAAUAAGGGGAAUUGUUAUGUUUGGAAACUCUCUACAGACCCUGAAUCAAAUGAAGUGAAGCCUAUUCAUCAAUUUCAGGCACACAACACGUAUAUACUCAAAGUCAUGCUGAGCCCUGAUACAAAACUACUAGCAACGUGUUCGGCUGAUACAACGGUCAAAAUAUGGAGCACGGAAAAGAAAUUCGAGCUAUUACUAACAUUACAAGGACAUCAACGAUGGGUGUGGGAUUGUGCCUUUUCGGCAGAUUCGGCCUAUUUAGUGACAGCCUCUUCAGACCACUUGGCCAAGCUCUGGGAGCUGCAGAACGGUGAGGCGAUAAGACAGUAUAGUGGUCAUCAUAAAGCUGCUGUUUGUGUUGCGUUGAAUGACUUGUCUGUUGAAUAUUUCUAAAGUAAAUGGAGUGACUUUCUCCAUGUGCCAUUAUAUACCAAUACGCAACCUACUCCUGCUGCUAUUGCUGCUGUUGCUGCUGCUGCUGCUGCUGCUGCUGCUGUUGCCUUUACUGUGAAAAUAUGAUUUUACG